CCAUUAACGUUUUGGCGUUGCAGCCAUGCAAAGAGUAGCUAUAGUCACCGGCGCCACCAGUGGGAUUGGUUCUGCGCUGUGUGAACGUCUGCUCCAGGAAGAUGAAAACAUCCAUCUCUGUUUAGCCUGUAGAAAUAUGGAAAAAGCCAAUGCCACCCGUGACAACCUAUUAUCUUCCUUCCCCCGUGCACACAUCAGCAUUGUUAAAAUAGAUGUUGGCAGGCUGGAAUCUGUCCUACAUGCAGCUCAAGAAAUAAAGAUAAGAUUUCACCGAUUGGAUUAUCUCUUCUUGAAUGCUGGGGCCAUGGUCAAUCCACAUAUCAGUUUCUGGGCAUUUUUACGUGGCCUCUUCUCCAGCAGAGUAUUUCGAAUGCUCUCCACUGCAGAGGGGCUGAUGACCCAGCAGGACAGGGUCACUUCAGAAGGCCUGCAGGAAGUCUUUGCAACCAACUUCUUUGGACAUUUUGUAUUGAUCCGGCAGCUGGAGCCUCUGCUGUGUUGCCUUGAAAAACCUUCCCAGCUCAUCUGGACUUCUUCAGUCAGUGCUCAUAAGUCUAACUUUAAUCUUGAUGACAUCCAACACAAGCAGGGCAAAGAGGCCUACAGCUCCUCUAAAUACUGCACUGAUCUUACAAGUGUGGCUUUAAACAACCAUUUCAACAAGCAGGGUUUAUUUUCAAGUGUCAUGUGUCCAGGUAUUGUAAUGACCAAUCUGACUUAUGAAAUGAUGUCCCCUCUGUUAUGGAAGCUGUUUUUCCCUUUCUUCUGGCUGUUACGCCUGUGCACCCCUACAUAUACUCUGGCACCAUACAAUGGAGCAGAAGCACAGAUUUGGUUGUUUAAGCAGAAGCCAGAGUUGCUGGAUCCCCUGGUGAAAUAUCACAGUUGUACUACCAUUUUGGGGAGGAAUUAUACUGAGAGCCGCAAGAUGGGUAUUAAUGAAGACACAGCAGAGAAACUGUACAAGAAGUUGUUGGAAUUAGAAAAAGAAGUUUUAGUGAGCAACAAUCACCCAGAUAAAAAAUAGCAAGACAGCUGUUCACAGGAAAAUGUUUCUUCCACUUGGAACACUCUUUAUUAUUAUUGUUUGCCUUUGCAAAUCAGAUUUUCCUAGGGACUGCUGUAGAUGAUUGUGUGACUAGAAUGUGAAAGAAACUGGA